AUGAUGAACUCUUUGCUGGGUGUGUUGGUUAAGUUUAGGGGAGGUCUGUUUGCCCAUUCAGGGGAUAUAAAUACAAUGUUUUACCAGGUACGGGUACCAGAACAUCAGCGGGACUACCUCAGGUUCUUUUGGUGGGAAAAUAGUUUCAAUGAGGAGCCAACUGAGUUUAGAAUGGCUGUACAUCUGUUUGGGGCCUGUUCAUCACCCAGCAUUGCGAAUUUUGUGCUGAAACAGACAGCAAGCGACUUUGGGAAUGGGUUCUCCAAGGUAGCACGGGACACCGUUGCUAACAAUUUCUAUGUAGAUGACUGUUUGAGAGCCGAGGAUCGUCAAGAUGCCUUGUUAGGUAAUUUGUUAAAGGUUAAGGAGCUUUGCGAAAAAGGGAGAUUUACAUUGACGAAGUUCAGUAGCUCAUGCGUGGAGGUUUUGUCAUCCAUCCCAAGGGAGUGGUACGGUAAGGGCAUUUCAGGGUUCAUAGAUGGAUCAGGGCCAAAUAAGACAAAGGCAUUGGGAGUACAGUGGGACUUGGCCACUGAUGAAUUGGGUGUCCAGGCAGAUCUGGUUUCAGUUCAAAGGACUAAACGCAGCUUGUUGUCAGCCAUAGCCUCGAUUUACGACCCCCUCGGCCUAUUGGCACAUUUUAAUUGA